AUGCCUCCUUUCCACCAUUGCUCAUCCGUGCUACUGCUCCUCGCCGUCUUCGUCUACCUAUCGGCACGCUACGUGCACGGUGACCAUGCCAAUGCCGGCCACGAGGACCUCCCCGCCCUGCUCUCCUUCAAGGCGUACAACCCGAACGCCACGGCCCUGGCGUCGUGGGUCGGCCCCAACCCGUGCUCCGGCACGUGGUUCGGGGUCAGGUGUUACAGGGGUAGGGUGGCGGGGAUCUUCCUGGACGGCGCCUCGCUGGCCGGCACCGUGGCGCCGCUCAUCCUCGGGCUCGGCCGGAUCAGGGCGCUCGCCGUCAGGAACAACUCCCUAUCCGGCACCCUCCCGCCGCUGGACAACUCCACGGCGAGCCCGUGGCUGAGGCACCUGCUCGUCUCCCACAACAGGCUCAGCGGGAGCCUCCGCAUCUCGCUGGGUGCUCUGCUCACCCUUCGAGCGGAGCACAACGGCUUCACUGGAGGCCUGGACGCGCUGCGCGUCCCGAGGCUCAGGAGCUUCAACGUGUCCGGGAACAAGCUCGCCGGGGAGAUCUCAAGCGACCUGUCCAGGUUCCCGAGCUCCGCUUUCAGCGGCAAUCUCGCUCUCUGUGGUCAGCCUCUGCCGAAAUGUGCACAUGCUUACGAUGCACUAGGAUCAGAUAGUUCUUCAAACAAUGCCACCACUAGUAUUAUUGCCGCUCAGUCUCCGAACGCUAGUAUCAGUAGUGUUUCUUCUAGCAACGGAGGGUUCAGUAAGAUUAGCCUGACUGCGCUCAUGGCCACGGGCAUUGGCAACGCGGUGCUCAUCACGGUCUCGCUAGCCAUCUCCGUGGCCACGUUCGUCUACGUGAGGAGAAAGCUCCGGUCCGCCAAGGAUGCUCCCGACGCGGCGCUGUGCUUCGAGGAGGAAGAAAAGAGGGACGAGAGGUGCCACAAGACUGGCGGGCUCGUCUGCUUCGAUGGCGGCGAGGAGCUGCGGCUGGAGAGCCUCCUCAAGGCGUCCGCCGAGGUGCUCGGCAAGGGCGUGUCCGGGAGCACGUACAAGGCGGUGCUAGAGGACGGCAUCGUGGUGGCCGUCAAGCGCCUCAGCGCGCUGCAGUUCCCCGCCGCUCGGAGCAAGGCGUUCGACCGCCACAUGCGGCUCGUCGGCCGCCUCCGGCACCGGCACGUCGUCGGCCUCAGGGCGUACUGCAACUCCAACGGGGAGCGCCUGCUCGUCUACGACUUCCUCCCCAACGGGAGCCUCCAGUCCCUUCUGCAAGUCAACGGAGGAGGCUCGAGGAAUCUGGACUGGACGGCGAGGAAGAGCAUCUUGUUCGGCGCGGCGCAGGGCCUGAACUACAUCCACACGUUCCCGGCGCGCCCGGCGCUGGUGCACGCGAACGUGAAGCCGUCCAACAUCCUCCUGGACGAGCGCGGCGGUGCGUGCGUGUCCGAGUGCGGGCUCAUGCGCUACGCCACCAACAUCCAGCAGUGCAUCACCCCGCAGGCCACCCGCACCCGGUGCCCGCCCGAGCUGUUCCUGGACCAGGCGUCGACCGGCGGGUGGCACGGGUACGCGGCCCCGGAGCUGGCUUCGGGCGCGGCUGCGCGGGCCACGCAGGAGUCAGACGUGUACAGCUUUGGAAUGGUGCUCCUGGAGGUGGUGACUGGCCACAAGGCCGCGGACGGCGGCGAGGGUACCGACGAGACGAUGGGGAUGGUGAAGAUCGGCAUGCUGUGCACCGCCGAGGCGCCGGAGGAGCGGCCCACCAUGGCGCAGGUGCUCGCCAUGAUGAGCGAGUUCAUGUGA